AGGUUAUGAGGCCGAGGCGUGAUCCGUGGGUGCUGCACAGCCAGUGCAGCUCCGAGCAGCUCCGAGUAGCUUCGAGAUAUACGCAGAAGGAUGGAUCGCGGCGUGAGAAACGUGGAUGUGACAGCGACGGGCGUCUACCGGGGGUGAGGAGAGAUGAGAAAUUAGGGCGAUCGGCGCUUCCCGAGGUCGGUGCAGCAUCCUCGAGAGUCCGUUACGGACGAAGAUGAAUCUCUUGCCGCUCGGCGAGUUAGCGAGUGUACUCGAGAGGCCGCUCGGCGUUCCGAGAUAUUAUCCCCAGCCGAGCGCUGCGUCUACUCGCGACAAGUCAGAACACGAAUGAUGAGAAUUAACUCGACUAAGAUGACCACUCCGAUCGAGGAGAAGAUCGACCAGAAGCUGAAGGUCCGGACUGGUAUGGUCACGGUCAGCGAUGGCAAGAUCAAACCGAUCCCAAUGCGUUUGCAUCUGUCUAUGGAAGUUUUGAAACUUCAGAGAGAAGACUUAGAGGCUGCGAAUCAUAAUAAACCACCUUUGGAUGCGAAAGAAAGAAUGGUCCAAAUUACGCGGCAGAAAGUAGGUGGUUUGGGGUUGAGCAUAAAGGGAGGAGCCGAACAUAAGCUUCCGGUGCUGAUAUCAAGAAUAUAUAAAGGCCAGGCUGCUGAUCAAUGCGGUCAACUUUUUGUCGGGGAUGCAAUAAUUAAAGUCAAUGGAGAGUACAUUACUGCGUGCAAUCAUGAUGAUGCUGUUAACAUUCUGAGAAAUGCUGGAGAUUUGGUAGUUUUGACCGUGAAGCACUAUCGAGCGGCGAAACCAUUUUUACAAAAAAGUGAAAAGGAAGAAAAAUUAGACAAUGUUGCUAAUGGUGGGGAAACAGAUGAUGGAUGGAUUUCGCCGAGCAGACAACCUGGCAGUCCUAAAUGCAGUCAUAGCAGACAAAAUUCUAAUGCAUCGUCGAGCUCUGCACAGUUUAAGAAAUGGAUCGAUGUUGUCACAGUGCCCUUGAUGAUGGCUUACGUAACAAGGUACAUAUUUGGGACGGAUAAGCUUCGUCGAAAUGCCUUCGAAGUUAGAGGAUUGAACGGGGCACGAACUGGGGUGAUUCACUGCGACGAUAGUGCUAUUCUCAGUCAAUGGUUGAAAUAUAUCACGGAUAAUAUCACAGGCUUAACUCAUUUACAGAUGAAGCUAUAUAACCGGAAUUUUGGAGUGGGAGAACGCAUCGAGUACAUGGGAUGGGUGAACGAGGCUGUCAGUAACAGUAAUCAACCAUGGCAGAGCUACAGACCUCGGUUUCUGGCACUUAAAGGUCCUGACUUGUUGCUGUUCGAAACCCCACCAUGCAAUAUCGGUGACUGGUCACGAUGCGCACUGACGUUUAAGGUUUAUCAGACGAUGUUUCGCGUGAUGCGGGAAUCCGAGAACGUAGAUGAAAGGCAGCAUUGUUUCCUGGCACAGAGUCCAGGUAAACCGCCACGCUAUUUAAGCGUUGAAACACGGCAAGAACUUUUAAGAGUCGAGGCCGCAUGGCAUACCGCAGUUUGUUCCGCUGUCACUCACCUGAAGAGUAAAACCUUCCCCGUCACCUUUAACGGCAGAGCCGCAGGCUUGACCCUAGAAUGGACGCAAGGUUUUACCCUCUCUUAUGAGAAUGCUGGAGAUACUAUCUGGCGAUACAAGUUUUCUCAACUCCGUGGCUCCAGCGACGACGGGAAGAGCAGACUCAAGCUGCAUUUUCAAGAGCCAGACAGUAUUGCCAUCGAAACUAAGGAAUUGGAAUGCUCCCAGCUGCAGAACCUACUGUUCUGUAUGCACGCCUUUUUGACCGCAAAAGUUGCCGCGGUUGAUCCAACGUUCUUGACAUCAACGACACCGUAAGAACUGCGUCGCUGGGAGUACACCUGUAGGUACCGUGCAAUUUCUUUUUUAAUCGCGUAGAGUUCGAGUGACUCUUGAUGCUGUUGGAACAUUAAAUUAUCAGGGAACGUCGUAUAGUUCUCCGCAAAGAUAUCAGCCUGAUGACGUCGACGAAUUCAGACGUACCACAGACCUCCGGUCCACUGCGAAAGACAGAUGUCACGGAAACAAUUAAUCCCGGGUGACUUCUCUGUUAGGGAGGGACAUUACCCGGUCAGUGAACGAAAUUUACGCUUUUCUACAAAUUGGACUAUCGACAAUCACUGAGUUUGCCAUUAGUGUACGAUCAUUUCUGUCCAAAUGGAGUUCCAGGGUACGUCUGAAUUCGGCGCUUCGACAAACUCAAAUUAUUAGGAAUGGAACAUUGUCUAGGUGCGAUCGUGGUUCCGUUUACGUUGGGAAUCUCAAUCCGCACGGAAAGGUGGCGUCGAAAUCGCGAAAACGAUUUUGAGGGCGGUUACUCACUUUACGAGCCGAAGGAAGAAAUUGAACCGUGCGCCGCGUUAAACUCGAGAAACAAGAGACAACUAGUCAGUUUUCCAAAAAUGGUUUGGACACUUUUAUAGAAAAGUAGAUUAUAACGAAAUGCGUAAUCCUUCCAGCUCAAUUGCAGCGAUGAACGUCGCGUUUACGGAGAAGCAUAUCGAUCCAGGAUCGGAAUUAGAGCCCGGACCUCUCCGUCGUAGGACAUUUAUUAUCUGGAAAUGGGAAUAAUAAGGCAAUAGCGUUAACGUUUGUACGCGAUAUUUUUUCAGUGAAUAACCAUGACGACUUCUGGCUUGUAAAUUAGUAUCGGGGGGAACAGAGGGGCGACAUCGGACGCCCUCGUUUCUUUGAAAACGUUCGAUGGCUUCGGCUUUUACUCGUAUAUCGUUCUUUGAGCUUGGAAGGAUUAAUCGCAUCGAAAGCUUACGGCCGUACCGUAGUAAGCUGGGAAUUGCAUAAUGUUUUGGCAAAUCGAGUACAGGGACUUCGUCACCUACAUCAGAAGUCGAUAAUGCCUUUAGAUGGAUUCUUUCGACGCAACGUUUGUGUUCAUUUCGGUUCUGCCUAACGUCAACGAGUUAAUUGUAAAUCAUGUCUGUGCCUCAGUCGGUUUUAAGGUAUUUCCGUUUCCGUUUAAUGGAACGAUUCCGAAUCUCCUGUUUCUCUUUCGACGGUGGUCGGUGCGCUCGCCUUUCCUUUCCGCAUGGUCUUCGAAUCUCGUAUGCGAAUCGCGUUAUCUUUUGAGCAUUGAAUUUCGUACCGUAGACAUAUAUCCGGUGCCUUGUCGGAGAAUCAGUCGAUCAGUAUACAGAAGAAGUGUCCACGUUUAGCAGCGACUGCUUAAGCUUUGACGAAAGUGCUCAAUCGAACGAAUAUGGAAUUUUUAUCGCGAGCGCACACCUCUUCCUUUUCCUCAAUCCAGCGAAAUUUUCAGCAACAAGCUACUUUAUUAAAGCCAGUAUUAACCUGUCAAUAAGAAAUCACGUCGCAGCUAUAGUCAGAGCAAUAAACACUGUUGUAUAGUCCGACCAUGGUGGCUACCUGGUUAAUUAUCUAAUUAGUAUUCGAGGUACUUUGCGAUGGGGGACUCUAGUUAGCGUGAAACGACAAAUGUUACCACUAAGUAUAUGUUAUAUCCUACCUUUAAGUGACACCGCGCAAUUGGUUCUCCUUCUUGCUUUACUAUACAUGUAUAUAUACAUAUACAAGAACGGAGUAAACGACAAGGAAGGAACGAGAGAGAUUGAAAUUGACUUGUUUAGCUUAAUGCUUACGUUUCUAAUGAAGAUUAUCCAUAAGAUAUGAAAUGUGGAUUUAUGUCGUCGAAUUUCUCGCGGGGGGUCGCAAUUUACUCGUUGCGAGUAUUUGUUUGGACUUUAUGUUAAGCAGGGGGCAAGAGGGGGGUAUACAAGGUACGGGAAUUGUAUGGCCGGUUAUCAUGUCGCUAAGCUAUUCCUAGUUUUGUCAGAAUUUACGCUUCUACUUGUUUCCUCUUCAUCUUCGACUCUCUUCUUCUCUCUGUACUUUGAAGAUCCUUCGACUACUCGUAGAAAGUGCCUAUACCGUAUCGUAGAUGACAAGGAAUCCGCUUUAUUUUAGCUCAUGGCUAUUACGGACGAUGUACGUACUACUUUUUCUAGUCCAACCUCUUCAGGAAGUUGCCAUGGUCACUGUGUAAUGAGUAGAGUACUCUUGGAUCGGUGCGGAAGCUCAUCGUUGUACGCACGAGAGCCGGUCUCGACCCUCCUAAGUUUUGCUCUUCUUCCAGUUAUGUCUCGAGUAAAAAGCUCCGGGUAAUAAAGGUGAGCUUUCGCACACCUUGGAAUAAUUAUCCAACCGGGAUUCAACGAGAUAGAGAUCCGUAAGAAUGCGUGCGUGCGUGGAUGCGUUACCGAGUGAUAGCGCUAUAGGAAAUUAAGAGACACUCGCGACCGGAUGUAAUUGCAGAAAUUCCGAGAUAUCGAUAUCCACCUGCAAUUUUAUCCGCACCUUAAACUCACCGCUACCGCUUUUUCUGGGAUUACACCCGGUUCGGUUAUCAAGGACUGCACAAUUAUAUUGUAUACAUAUGUUGUAGCUAUAUACAUAUAUAUAUAUAUAUAUAUAUAUUUACGGAAUGAAGCUGGGAUAAUUAAUUUUAACGAGGAUUAUGCUUCGGGCCAUUACCAGGAACCAAAAUAUUCAGUGUUGAGCUAUUAAGUUAAGUUUAAGGUAACGAUGGCGAGAGGUCUAAGGAGACGUGGUUGGGAAAAGGCUUGUUUCGCGCAAAUUCAUCGGUUUAUCGACGACCAACCCGUCGUUGCAGUCUUUCCUCCUCUUUUAGCUCGUUCCGUCUCCUAGGUAGACACGUAGGAUAUAGUUGUACAUAAUUCAAACUUGCCGAUAACUCCACGAAGCUUUCUCGAGUCCGAUGUCCCCGAGCGUGAUCGACUAAAAAAAAAAGUGUCACUCGCUGCCGUGGAAUUAUUAAAAAGUAAAAGAUAAAGAAAUGGCAUAACAAGGAAUGGAAACCCUGAAAAACGCUUCGUCUCGUCGGGGUCGUCGAGCUUCCGGCUUGAAAAGCUGGAACCGAUAUAUAUAUAUAUAUCAUCGAGGUCUUACAUUUCGAAAUAUAGUUUAUCUGUUAUAAUGUCUAUUCCCCCCAUUGACAAUAUGUUUCAAAAUAUAUCAUUGUUAGCAGUUACAAAUUCGUUGCCUGUUAUUCUGUAAGCCUUCGGGGUCUCGGCCUCCGUUCGGAAUAAUCAGAGGGGAUCCGGAAAGCUGCGGAGUGCUUUUAGACGAGAUAAGCCUAAGGAGAGACGAACGGAAGAGAAUGAAAAAGGAGCAAUAAAGGGCCAAUGUAGAGAGAA